CAGAUCGAAGCAAUCAUGCGUGCCGAUACGUGUCCUAUCGAAUCCACUAAAUUAUAAAUAACCAAUUAUAAAUAACCGGAGUCCCGCCCAGCCAAGGCACCCGCCGGGUGUUCGAUCAAAUUCCUGACUGAGGUAAAGGCAAAGAGAGGGGGCAUGGCGAUGGCGAACAACUGCCCGGCGCCGAUAUCGGUAACGUCGAACGGAUCGUGGGACGGCGACAGCCCGCUGCACCACGCGCUGCCGCUGAUCAUCCUCCAGAUCUGCCUGGUGGUCGUCGUCACCCACGGGCUCGCUUUCCUGCUCCGGCCCAUGCGGCAGCCCCGCGUCGUCGCGGAGAUCAUCGGGGGAAUUCUUCUCGGGCCGUCGGCGUUGGGCCGCAACGAGAGGUUCAUGAGCAACGUGUUCCCGAAGCAGAGCUUGACGGUGCUCGAUACGCUGGCGAACAUCGGCCUCAUCUUCUUCCUCUUCCUCGUCGGCCUCGAGCUUGACGUCCACUCCCUCCGCCGGACGGGAAAGGGCGCCCUGGCCAUUGCGCUCGCGGGAAUCACCCUCCCCUUCGCCCUCGGCAUCGGCACCUCCUUCGUCCUUAGCUCCACCAUCGUCAAGGGCACGCGCCAGGCCCCGUUCCUCGUCUUCAUGGGCGUCGCCCUCUCCAUCACCGCCUUCCCCGUCCUCGCUCGCAUCCUCGCCGAGCUCAAGCUCCUGACCACCGAUCUCGGACGCAUGGCCAUGUCAGCCGCCGCAGUCAACGACGUCGCUGCCUGGGUCCUCCUCGCGCUUGCCAUCGCCCUCUCUGGCUCCGGGUCCCCCAUCGUAUCACUCUGGGUCCUCCUCACAGGCAUCGCCUUCCUGGCGGGCGUCGUCAUCUUCGUCCGCCCCGUCCUCCACUGGAUGGCCCACCGCACCACGGAAGGCGAGCCCAUCAAGGAGUCCUACGUCUGCGCCACCCUCGUCAUCGUCCUCGCUGCCGGGUUCGCUACCGACGCCAUAGGCAUCCACGCCCUCUUCGGCGCCUUCGUCAUCGGCGUCGUCGUGCCCAAGGACGGGCCUUUUGCGGGCAUCCUGAUUGAGAAGAUCGAAGACCUCGUCACCAGUCUCUUCCUCCCGCUUUACUUCGUCUCGAGCGGCCUGAAGACCAACGUCGCCACCAUCAGCGGCGGCCGCUCUUGGGGUCUUCUCGUCCUCGUCAUCACCAACGCCUGCAUCGGCAAGAUUCUCGGCACUAUCGUCUCCGCCCUCCUUGCCAAGAUCCCCGUCCGCGAAGCCGUCACACUCGGCUUCCUCAUGAACACCAAGGGCCUCGUCGAGCUCAUCGUCCUCAACAUCGGGAGAGAUCGCAAGGUGCUGAACGACGAAACGUUCGCCAUCAUGGUGCUAAUGGCGCUGUUCACCACCUUCAUCACCACUCCGAUCGUGAUGGCCAUCUACAAGCCAGCGCGGCGGGCGCCGCCAUACAAGCACCGGACGGUGGAGCGGUCCGACAUGGACAGCGAGUUCCGCGUGCUGGCAUGCUUCCGCAGCGAUCGAAACGUCGCCACCAUGAUAAGCCUGGUGGAGUGUUCCCGAGGCACCCGCCGCCGCAGCCUCACCGUCUACGCCAUGCACCUCAUGGAGUUAUCCGAGCGCUCCUCGGCCAUUUCAAUGGUCCACAAGUCCCGCCGCAACGGCCUGCCCUUCUGGAACAAGGCGAGCGGCUGCGGCAACGCCGACCAGUUGGUGAUCGCCUUCGAAGCCUACCGCCAGCUCAGCUCCGUCACCCUCCGCCCCCUCACGGCCAUAUCCGACCUCGACACCAUCCACGAAGACAUCAUCGCCAGCGCCCAGCGGAAGCGCGCUUCCCUCAUUAUCCUCCCCUUUCACAAGGUCCAGCGUAUGGACGGCACGCUCGAGUCCACUGGCCACGCCUACCACCUCGUCAAUCAGCGGUUACUCCGUCGAGCCCCCUGCUCCGUUGCCAUCCUCAUCGACCGAGGCCUCGGCGGCACCACUCAAGUCCCCUCCAGCGAGGUCUCCUUCGAAGUCGCUGUCCUCUUCUUCGGCGGCCCCGACGACCGCGAGGCCCUCGCCUACGGCGCGCGCAUGGCAGAGCACCCGGGCAUCCUCCUCACGGUCCUCCGAUUCUCCCCGUCGGUCACGAAUCCACAAGACCUCGAGCAAGACGAGGAGUGCAUCGCCAACUUCAGGGCCAGGAUGGCGUCUUCCUCGGCGGCGGAGGAAGGGUCAGCCAGGUACGAGGAGGUGGAGGCGGAGGACAGGGUCAAGAUUAUAGCUGCCAUCAAGGGGCUUCUUCGACGGUACAACCUGUUCCUGGCUGGCCGCUCUCCGGCGGCGAUUCCGCUGGUGGAGAGGACCGACUGCGCGGAGCUGGGACCCGUGGGGAGCUAUCUGGCCUCACCGGAGUUCUCAACCGUUGCGUCGGUUCUUGUGAUACAGCGAUACGAUCCCAAGGCCGACGCAUUGAACACGACUGAGGCGGCGUCCGAGGCGGGAGACGCCACGGUGUACGAUGUGCCGGACACGCCGCUGGCUCUUGUCACACCUGAAUCGUCCGUCCGCGGCAAAGGCAACGGUGGAUCGCAAACACCGUAAACGACUAAAUUUGCCCGAUCGGUGGAUCAAAGAACGUGUUCCCAUAUAUUUUAGCAAUCAAAGAACGUGUUCGCAUAUAACUCGCUUUGUCUAAUCUGUUCUUAGAAAACCAAUAAUCGACUAAAUAUAA